AACGCUGUUCAUAGGUUUACCUGGCGUAAUCGCUGAUCUAGGUCUUGACGACGCAAAGACUUGAGCCCCGGAGCAAUUCUGGAGCGAUUCUGGAGCGAUUCUGGAGCAAUUCUGGUGUACCCCAAGCAACGUAAAAAAGAAACCUACCUCAAUCGACAAAACAAUGUCAAAAGUGAUGCAACCGGAAGAAAUGCAGGUGGACGAGAGUAAUGUUGCCAACUGCCAGGCUAGACCCGAGCAGUUUAGACGGACUUUACGCAAUUCCAGGACUAUAUCGGCCAAAGGUUUGGAGCCUCACACUGGGACAGAUGAAAAUAUUCACAGCAGCAUCAAAUCACCAUCGAGCCAAAGGCGAAAGAAACGAUCAGAUGGAUCUGCUGAUUUGUCUGCAAACAUUGAAACCCCUCCUGGAGACCAGUCAAGAGUCUUCGAGCGUACCAAAGUCCAAGAGUUGUCUGAAGUUGUUACAAAGCAUCAUAGCUCUUCUCAUAGUAAUACUGAGACUGGAAAUAGUAGAGCAGGCCAGAAGCCUGUUCCCCCACGGCUUCCACGACACAAUAGGUCGCAUUCAAACGAAACGUCCUCAACUAAGUUUAUACCAUCACCUUUGCCAAGCCCCAUCACCGCGACUGCAAACUCUUUUACGGCGCUCAGCCUCGGCUCAUCUCAACCUAUGGUGUCUGGUCAUAAUCUAUCUAGGAUCACAGUGCCAAGGGAGAGGACUAAGUCGCGACCUUACUCUAUCUCCUCAGCAGAGUCAUUAUUGGCCCAAGAAUGCGCAAGAGAUAAUAUGGAUGAAGACCCCCAUCUGAAUCCAUCAGGCAGGCUGUCAGAUCCAGAGACCUCCAGUAGGAGAAGUAGGCAUGGAGUAUCAAGGCAAACCGAGAAAGGCCAUUCUAAGACAGCAUCCGCACCCUUGGCACCUUCCACAACAAUAACCAACAAGGCCUCUGAAAUCAAGUCACCUAAUUUGAAGCCUGCACUGCAAUUCCGCGUCAAUCUUCAUAAUCUCGUCUCCACUGGUUAUUUACCCGUUGACACUUUGGUCAUGUUUCGAGAUCAUAGUGCAAAGGUAACUCCUAAAGGGACAUUAGUUCCUCAGAUCAAAGAACCCAACGGAGCUUCACUCUAUCCUUGGUUACAGAAUGAAUACGAGACGCCAAGUGCUUGGGCCACGGCUGUAGUCAAAGGUGCUAGGACAGGGAAAGUCGCAGUCAAUGGAUGGUCCGCCAUCAAAGUACCGAUCUACCAGCUCCCUGAAAUUAGCAAAACACUUGAAGGUCAAGGACUCACUGAGGUCACGCUUGAUGUUCUACGUAAGCGCUUUCUAGCUGAUGCAGCAGAUGAUGGCUCUGCACAUCCUGGGAGCGACUCGAACAAGCCAGCUUCUGGUCAAGGCACAUUAGUCUUGGACAGGAAGAAGCGGAAACGUCACGUGGCAGCAUCCGUGGAUACUGCAGUGUUAGAUAUUUCAACUCGUACCAACACAACGGCAGACCCUAAUCAGAAGGGUAAAUCGACAGCAACGCGACCCAGGAAGCGAACAAUGUCGGAUUUAUCUGGAAUUGUUUACUCAGAUUUAAUUGAAGAUCAUCAGCUACAUCUUGAGGCUGCCGGUGCACUCUUUUCCAUGCAAGAUCCGCUUAAAUCGCCUUCAUCAGGCUCGUUCAUUAGGCGCGGUUCACUAAGCCAUGGCUCGAGACCAAGGUCCACACGUUAUAAACACUCUGUGAUACUGGAAAGCUUAGUAAGGCGUCGCCAGGAAUUAAAGUUGCGGUCGUCAUAUACAUUUGAAGUACACCCAUCAGCACUGCAACUGGUGAAGGCCUUGGUAGAACCUUCUAUCGACGCGGCUUCGACUGCGACAACAGAUGAGAAUCUUUGCUCUUUUUGUGGUAUACAAGGACAACUCACUGAACGUCAACAUUGCUCUACAAUUGGGCGUUCUUCGCCAGAUACAGGAGGCGCGGAGACGAUUGAUCAAAAUAAUCAAUCCACUAUACACAGAUGCGGUGACUGCGCUGGUGUCUUUCAUCGUGAUUGCUCAACCUUCACGAAACCAAUCAGCCAAAUAUCAUCAAACUUCACGGAUGAGUCGUGGCGAUGUCCGCAAUGUACCGUCUGUGUUCACUGCAAGAAAUCUGUUCAUACUCUUCCAGCGCUCCAAGUAGUAAAGAAUGAGAUGGACCGCAAACUCGCGGCAGCAACUGACUAUCCGACCCAUAUACAGGUGUUGUCGUGCGAUAUGUGUCACACCCCCAUCCAUUUGGAAUGUCAGCUCAUGAUAGAGCCAGCAUUGAAGGAUUUGAGGCAGUCCCACUUUCCUACAGAGAAGGUGGAGUGGACUUGUCUUGAGUGUCGAGAGUGCGUGGAAUGUGGAUAUCGUGCCAAGACAGAGACGAAAACUAAACCAUCUGAUAUGAAAAACGCAUCCACCAUUAAAGACAGAGAAGUAAACAAGAUACAGGGGAGAUGGUCGCACGGAUCAGCAUUAUGUCCUUCCUGCACAAUCCUGGCUGAGAAGGGCAAUGUUUGCCCGCUUUGCUGCCGCCUAUACUCGGAUGAUGAUUAUGAAACACCUAUGAUCUUUUGUGAUGGUUGCUCGCUUUGGGUGCAUGUUGCAUGCGAUAAAGGGUUACAAGAUCGCGAUUAUGAGGAACUAGGGGAGGACUCGAGGCAAUAUUUCUGUCCUUCAUGUAUACCUACACCUAUCCCAUCUCCAACACACUCUUCAUCAUCGUCUAUGGUCUCGGCAGCCAACUCAAUUGAACAGAGUCCAUGGCAACGAUCCCGUAGUUUUGAAUCAUAUCCAACAGACGGUCCUUGUGACCAUAGUCGAGAGACCUCGUCUAGUAUAGAGGAAGACUGGUGUCACCGAAGCCGGAAACGAAAGGAUGAUAUUUUUGACUUGAUCAAAGCAGCCAAGGAGAUUUCUGACUCGGAAUCCCGAGCAAACUCCCCGUACAGUGCCUAUAGCCCUGUGUUUCCACCCACACACUCCCAUUCGAGAACGCUAUCUACAUCAUUAGAUUCGGUUGUAGAGGUUGCAGAAGUUGCGGCCGCAGAGGCUCUACUAACAAUUUUCAGCGGCACUAACACACCUAUUAAUUCUACACCACAUACCUCAUACCCACCAUCACCAUAUGAGCCAAGCUUUAAUGGACCUUAUGAUCGGCACUACUCCAUUAUGCAAAGUCCGCAGGAUCCUCAACCUCUGAUGAGGUCCAUGGCAUUUACGCCACCAUCGUCUUUUGAUCAGGACACAUCCUCUUUGACAAUAGCAUGGGAAUGCCAAGGAUCUGCCGCAAAUUGCCGUUGCCGUAGGCAUAGGGACAAUAGCAUAAAUCCCGAGGAUUACUUUAACAGCAGGCCAUAUCGUCCGCUGACAAUCCCAUACCAUCAGAUUGGGCAGGAGUUGCGAGCGUUAGAGAGCGAGAAGGAUCCUUCUCUCGUACCACUAGCACGGUCUCCGGCCACAAUAGCCAGUGAUGACAUCACCAUGGAAGGAGAAGUAUCAGUGGUUGAAGUACCUGUUAUGGAGGGUAUGACUUCAGCUACAAUGCCUGAACAACGGAACACGGAGAACGCGAUAAAUAAUUUCUUGAAGGCUCAACAAUCGAAAAAGAAUGGUGCUAUCAGUCAAUUUCUCCAAGCGUCUUCAGAGAUAAUGGCUGAGAAUUCGGCUGAGUAAUUAUGAUUAAAUUAAUUAAGUCUAGUUAAAUGUAAAGAAAAUGGAAGGAAGGAUUGUUGAAGGAGGAACAUGUACAAUAGAUGGGAUAACAAUCUGUGUCGUUUAUGAUUGCGGCGGCAA